CUGGCAUGAAAUAUGAUGGGUUGGCCCAAUUGUGACCCUAAUCCUAAUCCUUAAAUCUUUACUCUUUUCUUAAUUUCAAAUUUCAGAACACAGUGGAACACGGAAUAAAAAAAGUUAAGGUUCCAGUAAUGGCGACGCUUCCAGUUGAUGCCGACGGCGAAUUUGGUGUGGAAAUAAGAGAUGAUCCGCCUGCUCACAUGCUGAUGAAGGUUCAAUCUUUUUCAAAACUUUGGAAGCAUGGAAUCAAGAAACAAGAAUCAAGGGAAUUUGUUGCUGGAAAUUAUAAAUGGAGGCUCAUAAUAUAUCCCCAAGAAGGCGAUGAUAAAAUUUCUGUGUAUUUAUCGAUGGCCGGCACUGAGUCUCUGCCUGUAGGAUGGGAGGUUAAUGCCCAAUGCAGCAUCCUUUUGCGCAAUGAGAUCUCAAACUAUUAUGUUUGUUUCCGUGGAAAAGCACGGCGCUUUGAUGCAACGAGUUCUAGAUGGGGGUUUUCCAUUUCCAAGAAAAUGUUAAAUAAGUUUGACCUUAUUGUUGCUGACACCUGCUGCUUUGGAGCUGAAGUUUUUCUCGACCCCAAAGCGCUUGUAAAUGAAUGUUUGAGCUUGCUUGAUUGGAAGAUUACAAACUUCUCCAAAUUGAAAGGUGUUUGGACUUCUGAAGAGUUCCCUGCUGGUGGUCUCCGAUGGAAGGUGAAGCUCUUUCCAAAUGGGAAUCGUGAUGCAAAAAGCGUUAGUGUCUCCAUCUAUUUGGAGUGUGUUGAGGCCAUGACCUUUUCUCCUCAUGAAAAAGUGAAGGCGGACUUCUGCCUUUGCAUUAGAAACAAACUGCCUCAUGCUCACAUCACCAGAAACACGUCUCAUUGUUUCACAGCUGGUGAAAAUGAUUGGGGAUUCAGUAACAUGAUCCCAAUCAGUGAUAUGAAUGACCCAAGCAAAGGCUUCCUCAUUAACGACUGCUGCUUUCUUGAGGCACAACUCUCCGUGCAAGAUGUUGUUCGUACGUCUAAAAACGUCAAGGGCCUUGAUGAUUGAAUGAUACUUAGGAUUUUCAACUUCCUCCUUUUUUUUCCUUUUUUUUUUUUUUGGCUCUGAAGCAUAAUUAUAUACUAUAUGGUUAGAAUGCUAUUUCACCGUGUUUGAAUUAUGGGACGAUGUGUUUGAAUUGGUAGUGGUUGGUUUUGUUAGAAUGUUUUAGCUAUUAGCUAGUGCGUGUCAAUGUUUGUGUGUGUAUAAUUAUUUGUAAUAAUGAAUCGUAAUAUCCACCCUAAUGAAUCAACACUUCCAGAUAA